AUGCUUUCCCUCCGCAACAUCGCCCGCACCGCACCCCGUGCUGCCCGCUUCACCAAGGCUGUGCGCCCGCAGUCGUCGCUGUUUCGCCAGACAGCCGCCUUCCAGCCAGCAUGGUCGCAGGCCGCCCCCAGGCUCACAGCUUCGUUCCACAUCUCUGCUGUCAGGAGGCAAGAGAGCAGCGCCAAUGAAGAGCUUGUCGCAAAGCUCCAGAGCGAGAUCUCCAUGGAAGAGGGCAUGAAGGAGGAUGAUGAUCUGUCUGCCAACAUCAAGGAGUACCUCGAGAACAGCCCCUUUUCGCUCGAGGACAAGGCCGGCAACCAGGAAGUCGUCCUGACCCGCACUUUCGGCGACGAGAAGAUCCGCAUCACCUUCACAACCGCCGACCUCAACAAUGACGUAAACCCCGAGGAUGCUCUCGAGGAUCAGGCCAUGUACGACGACGCCGACAUGGACGUGCAGUCCGGUGGCGCCAACACCAAGGGUGCCAUCAACCAGGGCAACACCAAAGAUGGCAACAUCCGUGUGGCUCCUGAGGACCGCGUUGCGCCUGCCGACCGCGAGGAACUCGUGGACGACUAUGAGGGCGAGGGUGAGGGCGAACAGGGCUUCCCCGCUCACGCCAGCAUCCGCAUCGAGCGCCCCGGCAAGGGUGCUCUUGCCAUCGAGGCUACCGCUCAGGACGGCGACUUCCUGAUCGAGGACCUCUACUACUUCCCCGAUGCCGAGCUUGCUGACCCUCAGACUGCCGAGAAGGAUUGGGCAAGGCGGACACUCUACACCGGCCCUCCCUUCAACAAUCUCGAUGAGGACCUCCAGAUUCUCCUUGAGAAGUACCUUGAGGAGCGUGGCAUCAACACCCGCCUGGCUCUCUUCAUCCCCGACUACAUUGACCACAAGGAGCAGAAGGAGUACAUCAGGUGGUUGAAUAACGUCAAGAGCUUCGUCGCAUAA